AUGCCGUUGGAGCGUGCGGGGCGGGUGACGCUGGUGGGUCCCCGCGGGCUGGGCUUGCCCAACAUCGUCUCCAAGCACAGCUCGCAGUUUCGGGGCAACGCGCAGCACGACGCCCUCGAGUUCCUGCUCUGGCUGCUGGACCGCAUGCAUGAGGACCUGGGCGCCGCCUCCCCUGCCCAGCAGACCCGCGUCCCCGAGGAGCCUGGCGAGGAUGGGAGCGGCGGUGCCGGCAGCUCCCCGCCGGCCGCCCAGCAUCCCCGCGGGCAGAGCUUCGUGCAGAGCCACUUCCAGGCGCAGUACAGGUCCUCCCUGACGUGCCCUCACUGCCUGAAGCAGAGCAACACCUUCGACCCCUUCCUGUGCAUCUCCCUGCCCAUCCCGCUGCGCCAGACCAGGUUCGGGCCGCCGCUGGUGCUGCGGGAGGAGCGGUUCGUCUCCGGGGAGCAGCUCCAGCAGAGCAUCCUGGCCCAGCUGCGGGCCCUGCUGCGGGGAGAGGUGCGGGCGCAGGGGGCGGGAGCCCUCUUCCGCAUCCGCCUGGCUGGGGGCUCAGCCCCCUGCGCCUACCUGUCCCCGCAGGACCCCCGUCCUCUCUGCCACCCCGCCGUCGACAGAGCGCUGCAGCUGAGUGGGGCGGGUGGCCCUCCCCACGUGAAGCUGACGGUGGAGUGGGACGUGAGCACCAAAGAGCGCCUUUUCGGCAACAUCCAGGAGGAGGUGGUGCAGGACGCGGAGAGCGUGCAGCUGCAGCAGCAAGCGCACCGGCAGCAGCACAGCUGCACGCUGGAUGAGUGCUUCCAGCUCUACACCAAGGAGGAGCAGCUGGCCCCAGACGACGCCUGGCGCUGCCCGCACUGCAAGGUCCCCCAGCAGGGCACGGUGAAGCUCAGCCUCUGGACGCUGCCCGACAUCCUCAUCAUCCACCUCAAGCGCUUUCGCCAGGUGGCUGAGCACCGGCACAAACUCACCACGCUGGUGAGAUUCCCCCUGCGGGGUCUCAACAUGGCCCCCCACAUGGCGCAGCGGGGCCAGGCCGGCAGGCAGCUGUUGGGGCGCUGGGCGCCCUGGCAGCCCCCCCUCUGCCUGCCCCCGAGCUGCCCCCGUGACUCCCCUCUCACCCCCCACGGCAGCAUGCAGGGCGGCCACUACACCGCCUACUGCUGCAACGCCCUGGACGGGCGAUGGUACAGCUACGACGACAGCAGGGUGGAGGGGGUGCAGGAGGCAGAGGUGAGCACCCGCAGCGCCUACAUCCUCUUCUACCAGCGCCGCAACGCCGUGCCCGCAUGGUCGGCCGGCAGCUCCGUCAGGGGCUCCACUGCCUCCUCGCUCUCAGGUCACUGGCUGGCCCGCCUGGGCGGCAGCACACAGGACACCACGGCCUCGCGUCCCUCGGCCACCCGGCUCUCCCUGCCCGGCACCCUCGAUGCCACCGCCACCCCGGAGAAACGGGAUUAUUAUCACGACCCAGAGCUGCUGGUGUCAGAGGUGGCCCUGGGGCUCCUGGUGGCAUGUCACGCGCUGCAGAGCCUCAGCAGCUCCUGCACCCCACAAACCCCCUGCACCCCACGAGCCCCCCCCUCACCCACCCCCGGCCUGGGUUAUUGCUGGUCGGGUCCCAUCCUGCUCCGGCGAACAAGCGGAGGGGGAAGAAGCCGAAGAAAUGAAAUCCCGCUGCAAAGCGCCGGUGAGCUCGUUGUCACCUGGCCGGUACCCAGUGGCAUCCGCCCUCGGGGCACGGAGGAGGUGGUGGCGUCGCCCCAGGACCGUGGGUGCUGCGGGGUUGGAGGGGCGCAGGCACCCAGUCAAAAGGCCAAGUCUGGAUAA